AUGGACUCUUACGAUUCUAAUUUGAGUUUCGGCUCCUUCGACUUUCAAUCCGAUGAUUUCGUUAAUAGUUGGCCGUACGAGUUCUCCGACAACACGACCCCGGUGACUAGCUCAACAGAUCCUAGCACACCAGCAUCUCCAGCUGCGAUUGAACAGUAUGGAUCGACUGAAUUUGGUUCAAAUCAUGCUUGCAAGCGACGGCUUCCCUCUUCAAGCCCCGAGUCUGGCGCACUAGCACGUCCUCGCAAAACUCGGAGGCUCAAAUCACCCAAGGAAACGGCCCAAGUGCGAGUGAAGGGCGCUUGUUAUGGAUGCAAAUUGAAUAGGAAGACGUGUCAAGAUGGGGAUGAUCCCGAAGGCUCUUGUCGGAGUUGUCUAUCACUCUCUCUUUCGAACAAGAUGAAAGUUAUACCUGGUCUCCUUCGACCUCUUUGCUGGCGGCCAAACAUUGGAAGCACUGAGAUGUUCCGGCGAGGGCCUACAAUUGAUUUUGCAGCUUCACAUCGCGGAAACCUUGCGGAUGCAACUACUGGAAAGCAAGCUUCUUGGAAGACGUUUGCUACGCGUCCGAGUAGUAAGCAGUCGUCGAAGGUAGUUGAACUGUCUCAAGGAUGGACAUCUAGGGCGUUGGCAAUACAACUUGACCGAUAUGCGCCAAAGCCGACAGACAAGCAGUAUUAUUCCUGGUAUGACGGUGACAUGGAAUAUCAUUUCGACACGCCUGCUUAUGGCAUCUCAAACUUGGAUGCAACAAGCUCCGCAAUCCAAAGCUUCUUGACACAGAAUGCGGAAGAAUACAUUACCAAACAUUUAAUUGGAGCUUGUGAGACGACUCGGCAAACGUUUGCCAUAGCUCAAGAAUACAAGCAAUAUUUUCCUUUGGUAACCAGAGCGCUGAAGCUCUGGGUAGGCUGCCGAUUCAUCGAAGAGCCUUGGAGCAUUAUCGGCACCGAGACGCUGGAUAUAUCUCUAGAUGAUAAUCCCAACUGUCCAUACCAUGACAGGAUUCCGGUACCUCCAAUCGUCGACCUCCAGAUUGACGUCAUAACGAUCAACGAUUUGUUGCAGCCUGAGAUGAAGAAGAUCUUGAAGACAGUCAAAGAGAUGUUGGAAUCUCGGAAUCCUUGGAAAAACUGGUUCGAGAUAUAUCUUGCAUACUUCAUUCUGUUACAUAAUGUUGAGUUGACCAUGGCGCACGAUGCAUGGUUCGUGAAACGUAAUAACCUUAAGACCAAAUAUUCCAACAAGAAUCUCGUCGAUACAAUCAUGCAAGGCGCCACGACACUCUUGACAUGUUUUCAUUACGCGCACCAAGGAUAUGCGCCAUUUUCGGAUCCGAAGAUGGAGGAAUCGCAGUCUUGGAAUUCACGGCAGAAGGGUUAUCUGGCAGAUAUGAGAAGUUUGCUUGCGACUACUCAUGGAGACUAUACCAAAGAUCCGUCGAGAGAGUUGUUUUGGACGUCUCAGUUGCAUAGACCUAAUUGGAGACCUCUGGUUCUUUCGUCAUGA